UCAGCAGACCAGACACUGGAUACAGACAACAACAGUGACAGACCGAGACCGUAUUUCUGUUUGCAAUCAGCUAUGGGUGUAGUCUAAGAAGAGAACACAGUAGCGCACCACAAUAUACCUCGAAGUUUUAUCCUCAUGAAGGAGCUCCGUCCUGGCUGAGUUUGGGAGAUGGGAGUACUCAAUAUUGCAGACCAGCCUCCUCUGGUCCAGGCCAUCUUCAGUCGCAAUGCUGAAGAAGUUCAACUAUUAUUGCACAAAAAGGAGGAUGUCAAUGCACUGGACCAAGAGCGUCGUACGCCACUUCAUGCUGCUGCCUGUGUGGGAGACGUCCAUAUAAUGGACCUCCUCAUUGAAUCAGGUGCCAGUGUAAAUGCUAAAGACCAUAUAUGGUUGACCCCCUUGCACAGGGCAGCUGCUUCCAGGAAUGACAGGGCAGUGGGUCUGCUGCUGAGGCGCGGAGCUGACGCAAAUGCACGUGACAAGUUCUGGCAGACGCCUCUGCAUGUGGCUGCUGCCAACCGUGCCUCGCGCUGCGCAGAGGCCCUGCUGACCCAGCUGAGCAACGUGAACAUGGCAGAUCGCAGUGGCAGGACUGCCCUGCACCAUGCGGCGCAGAGUGGUUUCCAGGAGAUGGUUAAGCUGCUGCUGAACAAAGGGUCCAACCUGAGUGCCAUCGAUAAGAAGGAGAGACAGCCUAUCCACUGUGCUGCUUACCUGGGGCAUCUAGAGGUUGUGAAGUUACUGGUGUCACGCAGUGCUGACAAGAGCUGCAAGGACAAACAGGGCUACACACCUCUCCAUGCUGCUGCUGCAAGUGGUCACAUUGAAAUUGUAAAGUACCUGCUUAGGAUGGGGGCAGAUAUUGAUGAGCCCAAUGGCUUUGGAAACACUGCGCUUCAUGUGGCUUGCUACAUGGGGCAAGAAGCUGUGGCUACAGAGCUGGUGAACCAUGGAGCUAAUGUUAACCAACCCAACAAGUGUGGCUACACCCCUCUGCACCUGGCUGCCGUCUCCACCAACGGUGCCCUCUGUCUGGAGUUGCUGGUCAACAACGGGGCAGAUGUCAACCAGCAGAGCAAAGAAGGGAAGAGCCCCCUGCACAUGGCAGCCAUUCACGGACGCUUUACACGCUCUCAGAUCCUCAUCCAAAAUGGUGGGGAAAUUGAUUGUGUGGAUAAGUAUGGCAAUACUCCUCUCCACGUUGCUGCUAAGUACGGCCAUGAACUGCUGAUCAGCACUCUGAUGACCAACGGAGCAGACACGGCCAGACGUGGGAUCCAUGGAAUGUUCCCCUUGCACUUAGCUGUGCUGUACGGGUUUUCAGACUGUUGUCGCAAGUUACUCUCCUCAGGUCAGCUGUAUAGUAUAGUUUCAUCUAUGAGUAAAGAGCAUGUACUAUCAGCUGGGUUUGACAUAAACACCCCUGACAACUUUGGGAGGACCUGUCUACACGCUGCUGCCUCUGGAGGAAAUGUUGAAUGUCUGAACUUGCUUUUAAGUAGCGGUACCGACUUGAAUAAGAGGGACAUAAUGGGAAGGACACCGUUGCACUAUGCGGCUGCUAAUGGGAGGUACCAGUGCACUGUGACCCUGGUGAGCGCUGGCGCUGAGGUCAACGAGCCUGACCAGACAGGCUGUACUCCCCUGCACUAUUCUGCUGCCUCUCAAGCCUUCAGCAGAGUUGAUCGUCAUUUUUCUGGGAGCCAUCAGAAUGAUGAGGACGAGGCAAAGGAGUCAUACUUCUGCUUGGAGCAUCUUUUGGACAAUGGUGCUGAUCCAUCAAUGGUGAAUUCAAAGGGUUACAGUGCUGUUCACUAUGCAGCUUACCAUGGCAACAAACAGAAUCUGGAGCUGCUCUUGGAGAUGUCCUUUAAUGCACUAGGAGACAUAGAGAGCAGCAUUCCAGUCAGUCCACUGCAUCUUGCUGCUGAUAAGGGCCACUGGCAGGCUUUGCGUGUGCUCACAGAGACAGCAGCAUAUGUGGACAUGCAGGACGCUGCAGGCCGUUCUGUACUCUACUUGGCUGCACAGAAAGGCUACGCACGCUGUGUGGAGGUGCUAUUGGCCCAGGGGGCUUCCUGUCUCCUCAAUGACAACCGCCUCAUGUGGACUCCAAUUCAUGUUUCAGCUGUGAAUGGACACUCUGACUGCCUGCGCAUGAUGAUUGAUUAUGGGGAGGAGGGAGAUCUCACUAACAUGGCAGACAAAUUUGGCCAGACCCCUCUGAUGCUAGCUGUUCUCGGAGGACACACUGACUGUGUCCACUUCCUGCUAGAGAAGGGUGCCUUGCCAGAUGCCAAGGACAAGAGAGGCAGCACAGCUUUGCACAGAGGGGCUGUGUUGGGCCAUGAUGAGUGUGUGACAGCCCUGCUGGAGCACAAAGCUUCUGCUUUAUGUCGGGACACCAAGGGUAGGACACCGCUGCACUACGCUGCAUCCAGAGGCCACACAAAGAUCCUGGCCAGUCUGGUGCAGGCCGCCAUGGAAACAGACCCACAAGAUAAAUUGCUGGACAACAAACAAUACACCCCAUUACACUGGGCUGCUUACAAAGGGCAUGAAGACUGUUUGGAGGUUUUACUUGAAUAUAAAACAUUUAUCCAUGAAGAGGGAAACCCUUUCACCCCCCUGCACUGUGCUCUGAUGAAUGGCCACUGCGGUGCUGCAGAAAGACUGCUGGAAACCUCUGGGGUCCACAUGAUUAACACCAGAGAUGCCAAAGGAAGGACCCCACUGCAUGCUGCUGCAUUUGCUGAGGAUGUCGCAGGACUUCAGCUUGUGCUUCGUCAUGGAGCAGACAUCAAUGCAGUGGACAAAAGUGGACGCUCUGCUCUGAUGGUAGCAGCUGACAAGGGACACAGCGGCACCGUGGCCAUCCUCCUUCACCGGGCCAAGGCUGACCUGACACUGCUGGACGAGAAUAGGAACACUGCCCUGCACUUGGCCUGCAGCAAGGCUCAUGAGAUGUGCGCCCUGCUGAUUUUGGGCGAGAUCCACAGUCCCACUCUGAUAAAUGCCACCAACAGUGCUCUGCAAAUGCCCCUCCAUCUUGCAGCACGCAAUGGCCUGGCUACGGUGGUGCAGGCACUGCUGAGUAGAGGAGCCACGGUGCUGGCUGUGGAUGAGGAAGGACAUACCCCAGCUCUGGCCUGUGCUCCCAACAAGGACGUGGCUGACUGCCUGGCUCUGAUCCUCUCUACCAUGAAGCCUUUCCCCCAGCGGGACCCUUCCUCCUGCUCCUGCUCCUCUCCUACAGUCUCCCCCUCCCCGGGUCUCAAUUUGUUGAAGCACUGCGGCAUCACUGCCGCCUGCGCCCCGCUGCCCAGCAACGGCCUCCACAACGGCUACGUCAAAGACCGUCACGGUGCACCAGUUGGCCUCGACGGGUGUCUGUCUGAGUGAGGCCACACGGCCCUCUCAGUCAGCUGCUAUCACCAUCAUCACCACCAGGGGGCGACUCCCUUUAAAAUGGCCCAGAGGACCAGGAGAGCACCCACCCACAUGUCUGUUUUCUGUGUAUGUAUGUGUUUGUGUGUCUGUGUGUGCGUGAGUGUUUGGUCUUCUCUUGAGGUGCAGUCAAACCUAAUAUGCAAUUAGAUCCCAUUCCUCCAUCUCCUAAUAGUGCUUAAUAUGUAGAGGCACAUUGCUCUACAAGGUCACUCAGAUAAAGUGUGGCAUUCAAAAUAAACACUAGCAAUCUGGCCAUCUCUAAAUCAUUUAACCCUUUAAAAUCAUGUUCACAUAGUUAUAUAACCAACAUUUAAGAGCAUGUCUGUAUCCUCAACUGUAUUUCGCUUCAUAUCACUCACUAUAAAGAAAGUCAUAUCAUGUUAAAUCAGUUGCAGUGACCUUGUAGAGGAACAUACAGCCUUCCCAAAUUAAUGAUCAAAGAGUUUCUUUGUUUUUUAUGGUAUUUUUUUUUUUUUUAAAUUUUGUUUUUAAAUUGUCCGUUAGCCUAGAUUUUUAUGAAGGAACCACACAAGGGAAAAAUCUAAAUUUAGCUUCAGAGUGCAAUGCUUGUGUACUACAGUACAAUCUGCAAAUUUGGAAAAGGGUCACAAAGAUGUUAAUUCCAUAGUGUACUUUAAAUGUACGGCCUAGAAUUGUUUGGCAUUUUAAGAUAAUUUGGUAAUGCUGCUGAAUACAUUGGCAUGCUCUCCUUCCAAAGGAGAGCCAUGCUCGGGUCAGCAUCGUAACAUCGAUCUGUUCUUAAUGCUGACUUCCUUUUUUUUUAAAGAUGCUAAAUAAGUGUUUGUUAAGCUAGAAUGUUUCUAAGCAUAUAAGUUAUGACCAAAGUUGAUCAACACUACUAUGGCUAUAAAUUAUUUAUUUGAGAUGAACUGUACUGUAUAGAGAAAGACAAUAGAUCUCGAUAUACCUCGUCAACUCGUUUAGCAGCUGCUUCAUCUUCACCCAGGGUCCGUAGGCCUAAUGUUCUCUUUUUGUAGGACUAGAGAACUACUGUAGGAUAGUGACUGACUGAGGCCUUGUUUAUUCUAGAUGAAGGCUUUACUAGUAAUAUCUGCCAACAACACCUCAUCAAAGCAUCAUAUAUCUGAGCACAUAAGUGAACAAGCCAUUUCAAUUUAUUUCCCAUCUCUUUAACAGUGUUUUUAAGGAAAAGAUUUUAGAAUCUGAAUGGCCUGAUUGUUGAAAAGAGUGAUCAAUUUUGGGUUUUGGCACUAAUGAUGUUUUUGCUCUUUGUGUUUCUGAAGUUGAACCGGCCAUCAGCAUUGCGGUUUUAACAAGCUCUCUCUAAAGGAGUAUUUCUCGGAGCUGAUGAACUAGUCUUAAGCAUCUAAUAGCUUAUAUGUCAACCGGUGAACGCUGAUCAAUUAGAACAGAUUAAGGAGUAUUGUCUGCUAUUUUUAUUGGGCAGUUUUCAAGCAAUAUUUUCUUUUGGCCUUCUUUUGUUUGGCGUUAUUGAAUAGACAAUCACUGUCACAAGGGCUUUUGUUUCCCUGGAAUGUGUUUUGAUUUUUCUUUUUUUUUCUCGGGGGUUAGUUUUUUGGUUGUUUUUUUUUUAAUAUUUCAUGGAAAAAUAACCUAAAGACUAAACGAAUGGCUCUGUGUGCCGGGCAUUUUACUGUCAGUGUCAACACAAAUGCACUGGAUUGCCUUUAUGGCAUCUCAUGAAAUGCCUUUUUGACCCAUGCCUUCCGUACGUACCACAUCAUUUCAGUUGGAUCGCUUAAUGGCAGAGAAUGACGAGCCCUGAGACCAAUUAUGUCUCCACCAAUUUGAUUGGAACAGCAUUAAACCACAGUAUCUAGUGGGAAUAAAACUGCCCGGCUUAUCUUUGUGUCCCGGCAUUAUCAAAGACCAGGGAGUUUGAAAUCCCUAAUAGAAUCAAAUAGGGCUAAGAGGAAAAAGAGAGGGAUCUUUGCUUAGGCCAAUACCUGUUAUUUAGAUUUCAGGAAUAGCAGAAAUCCAAAUAUGUGCUUUUUUUGUGUUCAUUUUUUUGUCUCUUCAUCCCAUUUUCUGGUACUAAGCAUACUAAAGAUGAUUGUAUCGGACCACUAGAGCUGUUUGUGACUUUUAGAUGUUAUACCUAUGCUAUUUUGUUGUUGUUUUUAUUUUUAAAAACCAUCGGCUGGUGGUUAAAUUACACUGAGUCAGAUUGUUUUCAUUGGCGCGAUAACUUCAUAUCCACAGGUAAUGAAGUGGCACAAUUGCACACGUUAGUUGACUGGAUGAGAGAUGAGGACCUAGGCUAGGCUAUGUUGUUAAAUACAUCUUACAAAAACACUUUAGCAUAAUUGUAUUUAACUUGGUUUUCUAAAACUGACAAUAGUACACGUUAGGGCAGUGAUUUCUAUGAGUUAAAGAUUCAUAGUUUGCAUUUAAUACAACCUCUAUAACUGACUGAAAUGAAGCGAAACUAAUUGGUGAACCCCAGCCUUCGUUCUCUUGAUUAGUUUAGUUUUCUCGAGAACCAAUAUAAUAUUACUGGGGAUAGGUACAUACUUUGUUGUAAUCUCAGGAUCUGUGCUGAAACAACAGGCAGAAUUUAUUAAUCCAAUCAGAUCUCUGCAGGAUUAUUAUGUCUACACUUUUUCUUCUUGAUGGGAUGUUCCAUAAUUUAAUUCCUUUUUAACCCCAAUCCCACAGCACUUAAUUAGAUAGUCAAGCACGCACUUUAGUACAUUCAGGUUCUAAGUGUGCAAAAUAGAGCAGAUGUAAUGUAUGUACUUAUGUUUACAUGCAUGUGUAAUGCUGCUGAAAACAGGAAAGAAGGGUUGUAAAAAGACAAGCAAAGGCUGCAAUGAAAUUGUACUCCAACAAUGCAUUAUUUAAAAUAGGAAAAAAAGAAAGGAAAAAAAAAAAAGGUGUAUUUUUGGCGACAGUGUCCACUGCCCGCUGACUUGAGUUAUCGGUUUCUGGGUGCAUGGCCCAGCAGCGUGAUAUGGUUACAUUACCCAGCCUACUGCUGACGAUAGACUCUGGUCUAAGUCACUUAAAGUCAGUCCAAUGAUUUUUAAACACCUCAGGCAGGCUCCUCAAAAACUACAUACUCUUUCUGCCAUCAGUAGGUGCUGUCAGGCCAGCCUGUCCAGGCAGGGGUGUCCUUUUUUAAUUUUUUUUGCUUGCCUCUUGUGAUGUCCAUAUCUGACCAGUAAAUGGAGCCAUUGCCCCUUGCAACUAUACAAGUCGUAACUGAAUCCUUUUGUUUUAUUACAGUGUUCUUAUACAUGCUUUUUUUCAUUAUUAUUAUUAUUAUUAUUAUUAUUAUUUGUGUGUACCAGUAAUAACUGAAUGAUUGUGCACGGAGCUAGAUCACGAUUUUGAUAUAGCAACGAUUAAACAAAUGGAGCAUAUACAAUAUAUCUGGAGUCAGAAACGGAAAGCAAUGAAAGGUCCACUUGUAGCAAUAGCGCACGUGCGUGUGUAAUAGUGUGCAGCACAAAUAUUGCACUGCCAUCCAUUUAGGCCAGUUUAGUAAAUCAAAGCAUAAAUGCCAAUGGAAGAUUUAAAUGCGGGUUAGAUGUCAUAAUCUUUGGUCACAAAAAGAAAAAGGCCUGAUUGCCAAAAUGUGUUAAGGGGGGAAACCCCUCUUAGUAAAGCAGCAAUGGAUUUAUGCAUUCAAGCAGUUUACAGUCUGACCAUCAAAUCUGAGCCAUGAAUUUUCUGACUGAAAUGAAUGUAGGGUCAGUUUAGAGCAGGACAAAUUGCUUUCUCCCGACUUUAAACUGUUGCUCUUCAUUUGUCUUGCAUAGAUAUGAUUAUACAGGUAGCAUGUAGUAAAAUGAUUCUCUGCAUAUUAUACUGUGUGUGUAGUAGUCUUCCUGCAUCGAAAGUCUGGAUAUUUCUUUUGGCAUUAUCAUUGGUGUAUAGGCUUACUGUUGUGAAAUAUCACUUUUCUUUCUCUAUACAUAUUGUGUGGAGUGUAGCCUACAAGGUAAACGGAGGACAGGAGUUCAGAUGAAUUCAACAUUCAUAUUCAUCCAUUCCAUUGAGAUUGCCUUACAGUACAGUAAAACAAGAGGGACAAGAAGGUCUACAGUAGAUACGAUCACACGUUAAAUAGCCUAUAUUUGACAAAAAAAUGCACCUAAGCUACACCCAUUUAGUGCCAUAGAAACCUUGAUUUGCCUUUAGACAUUAAUCACAUUUACUCAGUCCGUAACAUAUUCAGACAUAGGCAGGAGUAUUAUAAAUUUUGUGUUUGGAGCUGCAUGCUUUUCACCAGUUAUAUUAGUCAAAAGAAAAGCUAUAAAUAUUUGCAUGGGAUAUUCAUACUUGAAACCAAGUAUUCUGUUUAAAAAAAAUUUGGUGUUGCUAGAAGUCUAUUUUAUAAUUGGACAUUUUUUGAAGAAUAUACUUAGUCCCUUUGGUAUUGGCAAAGCAGUCCCUAGGUUUUGUGGUAAAUAAGGUGGUUUGUAAAGUGUGUUACAAGGAGAAAAAAACAAUUUUUGAUGUCCAAAACUGCAUGGUAUAUAUACAGAAUAGAAUUGAUUUGCCUCAAUGGAUGUCUUGGUUCUUACUUGAAGUAAAUUGCAAAUUUCAAUUCAACCCUCUGAUCCACUGUUGAGCCUUUUGCCUUAAAAGCUAUAAAAGAAAAUGAUACCUGGCAGUACCUGUUUAGUUGUGUCACCUUCAGAGUUAUGCUGCUAGGUUGGAUUGCUAAAAAAGAAAAUUGGCUUUUUUUUUUUCUUCCUUCUUUUGUUUGGUCUUACAAAAAUCUCUGGGUGUCAAGAAGCACACAAAUAAAUUGAGGUAGCACAUAGCUCAAGGUUGCCAUGGUGCAGAGAUUGCUCGGAGUGGUUGGGAUCUCGCCAUAUUUUCCACUGUGAAUGAAUUCAGAGUUCACUCGUAAACAAUCAACUUUGGCUUAUGUAAUAUCUAGAGCCAAACGACCGGGGGUGGGGGGUGGGGGGAGAGCAGUGGUGUACCUCAGAAAUAUUCAGACAGAAAAGAAAUUCUUGCUUGUACAGCUAUGCUAACAAAGAGUUCAGAUCUUUCGAUCCAUUUCGUUGUGAGUUGUGUAAUUCUGCUUAAACCAGCCUAAAUCAGAUGUAUCUACGCGGAAGUGUUUGAUUAGUGUCAGUAGAUGUCUCAUGUUUCCUACCUUACGAAGGGGCAGCCAACUGCACUUUGUACUUUUUAUUGGACCUGCAGUUUUACCUCAUCAGUGAUCUUUUGUGUGACAAUGCUGACAUUGAUCCUCUGUGAUUUUUGGGGGGGCGGGGCGUUCUCUUUUUUCUUUUUUUCUUCUUUUUUUUUCCUUCCUGAUGCCAGUUGUGAAAAUUUCUCGUGUAGUGUGAGUGACCUUUCAACAUAUGCAUGUUGAACCUAAACAUGCACAAGCCCUUUUAUUCUUCUUUUUUCCUUUUUGAAUUGAAAACUGAACUGAAAAGCUUAGUUAACCCUGUUGCGACAUGUUCAUUACGAUCAACCAAUGACUCUGUUAUCUGACGCAAGUCAUGUGGAGCGAAGGGUAGAGUCUAAGUUAAGGUGGGAAAUGAAGGUAGCUAUAAAACUUUACCUCUGUAAGUCAGAACAAUACAAGUUUUACAUUAUGACUAAUGCUCGUUUGACCGCCUUCCCUGCCUGAACACUUGGUCAUUAAUUUCCCCCACCAAUAAGACCUGUGUAAUAUCGAACACAGUGUUGGCAUGGUGCCUUUUAUUUGUUACUACCGAAAGGUACGGUCUUCCAUUUGUAUUUCCCAGAAGCCUUAUAUUGGGAAAGAGAAAUUACACUGAACAUACAUGACUACAGUAGAUGGGCUCAUACUCCCACUGAGCAUUAUUACUUCAAUCUAGUGUGAUCCAAGUUAAAACGACGAAAACAAACAAAACACUCUAAAGAACUCCUACAGUUUUAGUCUGGAUUUCACUAUUUGCUCCCUCCGGGAGGCUCAAUAACUUGCACAGUACUGAUGCGAUUUAGGGCACAUCAAACAUCAGAUGGAUGAGGAUCAAUAGUACGAAAGCACAAAUCCAAAGAAGGCACCUCGGGGCUCAGCUGGCUCUCUCAACAAUAAGAAGCGAAGGAGCCUAUAGACCAAAUUGAGGCAAAGAAGUGAGGAAAAACAUCUAACUCUCUAGUGCAGGAAACAUGAGGUUUGAUUGUCAGUAACACAUUAACUGUAGAAAGACCAUUGCCUGGAAUUUCAGAGCUUUCUUCUGAUUGUUCUUCUCAACUCUUGGGUAUUCGUUGACGGUUAGUAACUUCACAGUGCAGAUUGUGAAACGAUGCGGUACCUGAAUUCAACAUCAGACAUAGGUAAACUGUUUGUUGUGACUGUGUUGCGAUUUGAUUGUGGAGAUUGUUUUUUUUGUUUUUUUUUUUGUCUUUUAUUUUUAGGCUAGACUGACUACAAGUAGGGUUGCAGUAGUAGCUGUGUGCAGUGUUAAUAACAGUGUGAUCAUAUUAUAGGAGUGACGUAACAUUUGUUGUCUUACUUCGACAUUAAGGCAUGGAUCAUCUUCUCUCAAGCUGACCUCGUUUGAAAUGGAAGAUAAAAGUGCAAUAACCUUUUGUUUAUCAUUGCUUCCUCAGUUGGGAAAAAUAUUUAAUAUGCCCUUUUUUUGUUAACACCAAAAGUCACUCAUCUGUAGCAAAUGAAGGAUUUCAAGUGGUCCUCUUGUUUGUGAUCAGAGAGGUGGCAUUUGAUUGUGGAGUGUGUGAUAUUCCAUUCUUAAAACUGUGAUCAACAUACAUCUUUAACAGCUGCCUGCUCAGACAAAGGACCCUGCACAAGUUGAUAAAUUUGAGUAGGAGCAUUUUUUUUUUCUUCUUUCUUAUGGAUGGACUUUGAUGGUAUUGUAGUUUGGACUUCUGGUUUAAUAGCCAGUAUAGACAUGUUCAUUUGCAUGUGUAGAUGUGUAUAUGCAUCCUUUCUUCCUCCUUGAAUGAAAUGUUUUCUCAAAAAAAAAAACAAAAAAAAAACAUAUUUAGACCUGCUGUCGGCGAUGUAUGCGGAUAAAUGGAAAUAUGAAAUGCCUUAUAUUUGUUUUCAAUGUUAAGCAUUAAGGGUUCUUACGUGUCCCUCCCUUUUCAGUGUGUAGCCUAAAGCUUGUACAGUUAAGAAACUCAUGAGAUUUAUAUCUACUGUAUAGCCUGUGUGUUUUCAGAAUUUGUUACUUGGAGGUCCUGUGAUUGUGGUUUUAGAGAAACAUUCCCCUUGAAAGUGCCGUUUGUUUUCACCAGCAAAAGAUGUGUCUUUGGGGGGAAACAUUUAUUUACACGAAGGAAAACAAAUGUUCGAAACACUUUCCAGUGUUUACCGUCGAACUGAAUGACACAACGCAUUCGUGCAGUUGAACCAAGGCAGCAAUCUUCUGACGGAGCACCUUAUCGACAUGCUCCUUCUGUGAGCCCAUAAUAGAAGUAGUCUCUCACCAAGCUUGAUUACUCUAAAGCAGAGCCAUAUCAAAGAAUUUGCCCAUUAGGAGCCCCCUUGAAUGUGCUAUUAGGAAUAGCUUACUGUAGGAAAGGAUGUAUACUGCAUGUUCUGUGACAUUUUAGUAGUGGUUGUCCCUUUUUCUUUUUUGUUUCUCUGUGUUUUUAUGUUUAGUCUGCUUCACUGUAGAUGUUGCCACCUCAUUGCAACUCACGAGCUAUUAACAAUCCUCUCACAACUGGACUUAAAGCAGGCGUUGAUCUGCUGCUGAUGCAGCCUUAAGUCAUUGCGAGUUUUAAAAAGGAAACGCUAGAUUAAUGGGUUGCCUGUUUCGUGUUAUUUUUUUUUGAGUGGCUUAUUAUGGGGUAAUGACAAAGGAGCUCCUAUCAUGAGUGGAAGGACUUUGAAUCAGGUCAUGUGAUGAAUUACAAUCAAAGAGUUUCACAGUGCACCUUCAUAGAAAGUUAAACAAAAAAAAAAAAGUUGGCUUGUCCACCCAACAUUCCAAAGUUGAUUUAAUUUUCCACAGUCCUGUCCCUCUGAUUGAGGAAUUUUUUUUCUUCUCUUUGCUGGUGAAUGAAGUGGGCGUGUGUGUCAACGACAGGGUUCCCUAUUUAGCCUAACGCUGAUUACCUCAUUUACAAAUCUGCAAAUACACUAUUCUACUGUGUGUAAAGGAGUCAAUGCCAUCACCAGCAGCGCGGUCUCGAGACCUGUGAUGACAACAGGACCAAUGAAGUUGAAAUUAGUCAAUUUUGAAAUAUGACCAGUCUGGGAAUAUAGGGUUAAGACACGAUUCAGACAUAUUUUUUCUUCUUCUUUUUUUUUUUGUGUAAAGAUGAAUGAGCCUCUUAAGAUUUCUUUAACUAGUACAUCACCACAGCUGCUACCCCAGUCAAUGCAGGAGCUGUCAGAAAGCUGCAGAUACACUUUUAUUAGGGUUUUUUUUGUUUUUUUUUUUAAAUAGCCAAGUCAAUAUUCAAAGUUAAAAUCAAACACUUGUUAAAACACAGCUCUUCAAACUCCAACUGGACUAGCAGCUGUUGGCACUAGCAUGGUUCAGGAAGCCUGGUGUGUCACAAUUGUUUAAGUGAACGAUUGCGUUAGCUUCACUUGCUGUUUUUUCAGUAGCAUUUCUCCUACCUCCUUGUUUUGCAGCCUUGAGUAUUGUUCGUCUCUCCACCUGUUCUGACUUACAAAAAAAAAAAAAAAAGUUUAUUCACAGUGCGGGAAUAAAAAUUUUAUCAUAAGCAAUGGUAGUUAUACAUAAAGUGUGCUUGGUUGUGCUGUAUGUGUACUUGUCUAUUUGACGUUUGGAAAAAAAAAAUAUUUAUGAGAAGCAUUUAUACGACAAAAUACCACUGGAAUGUGAAGCCAGACAACGUUAUGAUGCAGAUUAUGAUGAUAGUCUAUCCCCUUUAACAUUCAGUGGCGAAUGGUCAGAGGAAUCAUCUUUUUAAGAAAAUGAAUAACCAUUGGCUUUAUAUUUUAACAGCAUUUAUUUCUUUGGUUUCCUCUUAUGCAUAUACUUCCCCUAUCUAGCCCUAUGCUAUACAAUAUUUCAACGUUUACAGCUUCCUUUUGGGUCAGCCAUUUAUUUAUUUAUUUUCAUUAUUUUGAUUUUUUUCUCCCCCCUACAGUUGUAAUGAUAUCACAGGUUGUCACAGGGAUGAUAGUAAGGUGUAUUUGUAAAUGUGGAUGAGUUUGAGCCCCUCGAGCCGUAUGCCUUUGAAUCCAUCUGUCCACUCUGUACCAAAUUCUGCUACACAGGCAUCUUGUUUCCGCACUGCCCCAACAUUUUACAUCCAGUUUUGACUACAAAGGGGUACGGGACGAAGGUGAAAGGUUUGAGGUUUUUCAGACCAGGCCCCACCAUCCCACCACCCUCACAACCACCCAACAGCUCACCCAUGCCUACUCUAAAACAAGACCAGCCCAACUCCCCCACCCCUCCCCUCUCACCCACCGUCUCACCUUUAACCUCAAGCCAUUCAUUUUUCUGUUUUUGUUUUAUUUUAAAUUUUUUUCGACAAUGCAAUCCUGAAAGCACUUUGCCUUGUUAUUCCUUUGUGUGAACAUGUGAAUGAUAAUUUGUUACAGAAAUGUUAAAUAUGUAAAAGAUCAUUCACUGUUUUGGAAAAACCUGCAUCUGUCUUUCUGACGUUAAAAGGAAAAAAAAAACAAUUUAGUGACAUUAAACCUGAAUCUAUUUUAUAAAAUGUUUGCUGCAGCCAAUUGGUCUUGUCAUUCAGUAUUGUGGCUUAGGGUUGUUUGUGUUCAAUAAAGUGCUAUUGCUAAAUA